ACCUAAAAAGCCGCGCUUCCGAAGGUUUGUCCGUCCCCGUGUGGGCGGAGACCCGGUUCCGCCCACUCCGCGGCUGCCCUGACCCCGACUGUCCCCAGAGGACCCACGAGUGAGCCGGGUGCGACGCGUGGCCGUGGGUGGGAGCCAUGGACGCCUUCAUCCGCUUCACCAACCAGAGCCAGGGCCGGGACCGACUUUUCAGAGCCACUCAACACGCAUGCAUGUUGCUUAGAUAUUUGUUAGAGUCUAGAGCUGGCAAAGAGGCGGUGGUAACCAAGCUCAAGAGGCUGGAGUCCAGUGUGAGCACUGGCCGUAAAUGGUUCAGACUAGGCAACGUGGUUCACGCCAUCCAGGCAACAGAACAGAGCAUCCAAGUCACGGACCUAGUGCCCCGCUUAUGCCUUACGCUAGCCAACCUGAACCGCGUGGUUUAUUACAUCUGUGACACUGUCCUGUGGGUAAAGAGUGUGGGUCUGACCUCUGGCGUCAACAGAGAUAAAUGGCAGAUGCGGGCGACCCGCCACUACUACUACUUCCUCCUGCUGAGCCUGGCCCGCGAUCUGUAUGAGAUCUUGCUGCAGAUGGAACGAGUGGCCCGGGACAGGGCCAAGAGAGAGAAGUCAUCCCAGGACCCUCCUGGGUACAGCGUGGUCACUGAAGACACCGACUGGCUCCAGUCCUUUCUCCUACUCCUAUUCCGGUCUCUGAAGCGGCAUCCUCCCUUGCUCCUAGACACAGUGAAGAACUUGUGUGACAUCCUCAUCCCUCUGAAUCACCUCGGGAUCUACAAAUCCAAUCUCGGUGUCGUGGGACUGGGAGGUCUCGUGUCCUCCGUGGCCGGGCUCAUCACUAUAGUGUACCCUCAGUUGAAACUGAAGACCCACUAGGUGUUUGGAGGCUUGAAGGCUAACAGCUUAGUGGAGCAGACGUCUGUUUUUGUCCCAGGUCUCCCUGUGCUUAAUUGUUUAAUCAUGUGAGAAGUGGGACCAACAGUGGCGCGUGCAGACUGAUACUUUCUUUAAAUGCUGCAGUAACUUCGGGAUUUCUGAGUAUUUUCCUUUCAGCUAACAUUACUGAGUAUUUUUAUAUGCAUCUUAAGAGCUUUAUGUUUGCUGAAUGAAUAAAAAUGGAAAGGAAAGAAAUCAUAGAAGACCCAAAGAAACUAGAACUGUGGAUUGGUUUUGUAUGGGUCCUUGAUUUCAUCAGAGCUGGAGCAUGGCACUCCUGGCUCUGGUUAAGGCCUCCCUUUCCUCCUAUCUGUUAUUCCGACCCCUGACCCCACAGGUGUCCGUGUGGGAUGGAGGGAAGCUGGGCUUGGAGCCUCCUAACCUGUUGACCCUGGCCGUCGCUGCAGUGUGUCCUUACUGUGUCCAGAGGUAGACUCAGGGAAGCGUCAGGACCCUCGGGGUGUAAGUUGUGUCUGGGUGGAAUGCCCAGGUAAUGCUGCGGGUCAGCGAGGGUGCAGCGGAGGAGACGGAGGUGGAAGUGGGUGGAAGGUCGCUGUGGUGCCUGUUACAAAGUCCACAGAUAAGGAAACUGACGCUAACAAGACUGAAGUCAGAGGUUCGUUCUGGUUCUUUCCAAGGUGAUUCCUCCACCAUGUCAUAACCGUCAGCAGCAUUUCCAGGCUCAAGAGUCCUUUGCCUUUUGCCCCUUGACACACCCCACCCCCCAACACACAUACACAUUCCAGGCCUGGAACUUUCACUGAUGGUUUCUGUCCUAGUCCGUGAAAAGAAAAUCUAGACUUAGCCAGAUUGAUUUUAUUUAAAGCUACAUAACAAUUGGGGCAAUUCCACAAUAAUUUUAAUCAAAAUGUGAGAAUUAAAAAUUUCCUGUCUUUGAAUUUAAGAAUGUCAGUUUUCUGUGAUAAAUCAGGUUUACUCAGGACAGCAGGGGGGGUGCGGAUGGGAAAGAGCCUUAGGGCCAGUGAAGAGUACAUGGGCACACCGAGUCCCCGCCACUAGGUGGGCCCGUGACAGCACCUAUAAAGCCAUCUGUAUCAUUUAAAUGGAAAUGAGAACCACGAAUUGAAUAACCGCUUCCCGUGAAUGUGACGAAGAUCCUUGAAAAGGACAUGGGUCCUUGGCUCUCUAUGUUUAAAAUGAGUGACGGGAGAAAAGUUUGAGGGAAUCCGAGAGAAACUAGAGUGGCUAAAACAAGACAAAU